CAUCGCUAACAAAAUGACGUAAAAUAUUGGCCGCCUUCUCUUAUAAGCAAAAAUGAGGUUAUACACAAAUUUUAAUGUUUACUUCUAAUACUUGCGUUUAUAAUGGACGAAAUUGUUGAAAUUUCAGAUACAGAGGAAGAGAAUCCGAAGACGAGCACAAGUACAAUUAACAGGAGUGGAAAGGCAUCUACCUCUAAGAGCGAUUCUGUUAGACAUGUGGACAUUAAUCAGAUUACUCAGAGCAGCUCCUCGGUGCUACGUGUAAAUGAAGUUCCACAGUUAAUUCUUUCAAAUUCUUCAACCUCGCCUUCUGAUGCACAGCUUGUUACCCUUCAAUGUAAAAAGCUACUUCUACCCGCUUCAUAUGUCACAUCUAAUAGUUUAAAUUCUCUCAAAUUGCACGAGAUACAAAUUGGCAACUCGAAGAAGGUGUUUCUGGUGAAUAUUGGCAAACAAUCUACUCUACCUGCAAAUGAAGCUACUAAAGAAAUAAGAACGCCCACGCUUGUACCAUUAUCUGCUCCAACCUUGACGUCCGUGCCACCUCCUCUAACCGCCUUUUCUGGACAGACCCCAAUCACUUUGAUUAAUUGCGCUCCUUUGUCCAAUUCCGUUUGUACAUCUACUCCUAUUCUGCCCAAACCCGUGAAGCACCCAGUUCUGUACGUUCCAUCACCUGGUAAAACCACCGACAUACCCAACGUUAAUUCUGUCUGCCUUCGAGCGAAACGGCAGGUGAGAAAAAUAGAUUGGGAAGGAUUUACCGCGACCGACCGUUUAGGAUUUAACUUCAAUGAAGGGGCACGUUCCAUGCGGUGUUUACGUCUUUUAAACAUGCACAUCGGCAUUCGAGAGGGUCAUCUGGCGAAAGUUAUGUCUCCGCUAACAAAUGACAAGACGACGUCAAGUACACCAAAAGAUGAUACACAAGGAAAUAAAAAAUUGGAAGUUCAGUUUAAAGCGACAGCUGACAUCGAAGUGGCCAAAGUAAACAGAAAAAGUUUGCCAAAAGCUGCGAUGACUACGUAUUUGUUACCGAAACGUAUACGUACGAAACGGAAAUUUAAAAAAUGCACGCACAAUAUCAAACUUUGUGAUAAAUCCGCCAACUUUCAUGAAAUCAAAGUUUGUACGGCAGAAGACGCGUGCUGUCAGUUUCAGUGUGUUCAAUUGCCAUUAAGUUACGAAAAGAUGACGUAUCCCGAAUCCAAGAAUCAUUCAAGUACAUAUUACGUUGGCCCGACUAAUCUUCAUGACGUCGAUAGUAUUAAGAAAAUGGAACCUUCUAGCAGUAUUUAUUUUAUAAAUGAACACGACACGAUAACAGAUCUCUAUAUGGAUUCUAUACCUUCCCUUCGAAGCAAAGUGAAGAUUAUUGAUAAGUUGGUGUAUGAUAAUUAUAAGAAUUUAAGGUCAGUGAAAAAAAUUCCAGAGAAAGGUAUAAUGCAAAAGAGAAAAAGAUUUAAUCAGUUUAUUAAUAAUUACCAUGAUGGCCAAUUUUAUCAAAGUAAACGAGCGAGCUUAUAACCUUCGGUUUAAACAUAAAUUACUAUAGGCAUUCAGCUUUCGUAUUUUAAAUACAGCCAGGUCAUUCCAAAAAAAUGUUUUGGAUAUUUGGGUACAUUUAGAUGUUCUUUUGGUUGGACAGACUGGUUUUGUACCUUUUAUUUGUCUUUUUCUGCACAUGCCCACAUUUGCUUUAUUUAGUUUUUAUUAAUAUAUCACCCCACACAUAAUAAAGUUGAGUCUGGACCUGUGCCAAUUUUUUUAUCAUUGCAGUCAUACCUUAAUUUUGUUUGUUAAUUAUAUACAGGCUGUUGUUUUUAUAAUAAAAUGAGAUGUCUACAAAUUUGUUGCUUGAUCUUGUGUUUUCACUGAGCCGGUUU